CCGAUGCGGACCGCGCAAUGUACCGCAUGUACCGAGUGGUGUUCCCCGGACGACCUUGCCAUCGCCUCCUGCGGACACGAGUACUGCCGCGACUGCCUGCGCGCCCUCUUCCGGGCCUCUCUGGCUGACGAGACGCUGUUCCCCCCGAAGUGCUGCAAGCAGCUGUUCGAUCUCGAGAGUUGCCAUGCUCUCCUCACGAGCGACCUUGUCACGCAGUACGGAGAGAAAGAGGUCGAAUUUCGCACGCCUGCGGUCCAGCGGACCUACUGCCACGCAUGCUCUGCGUUUGUGCCGCGGCAGCGUGUCGAGGCUGAUGUCGCGUACUGCGGUCGGCCCGGCUGCCAUGCGCAGACAUGCACCUUCUGCAAGGCCGCUUCACAUGAGGGUUCACACUGUCCGCAAGAUCCGGCCAGGCAGGAGCUGGAGCGGCUGGCCGCAGCGGAGGGAUGGCAGCACUGCUAUGGAUGCAAUCGAAUCGUCGAGUUGGACACCGGCUGCUAUCAUAUAACCUGCCGUUGUGGCGCAGACUUCUGCUACCUCUGCGGCGAGGCUUGGAUUGAGUGCACAUGCCCUCAGCGGGACGAGGCGCGGCUGUUCCGUCGCGCCGAGGCAAAUGUAGACCGCAACGUCGGCGCUGCUCCCAUGGGCCAUCGAGAGUGGGCGGCGGCCCUGGUCGAGUGGCAACGCUUAGGGUUAGCCCGCCUGUGGGGGAACCACGAGUGCGACCACACGGCUUGGAUUCGCCGGUGGGGUGCACACACAGGUAUGACCAGCUGCUGGCGGGGCAUUCUACGUCGCCGAGACUGGACCCAAGACUACAGUACUAUAUUGCAUUACUAUCGGGUCAUGAGGGGCAUUGGGUGUGUUGGCUUCCUGGUCUAG